UGCCUGCGCGCGUCCUGACAGAUGCUCAUAUAAAGAGCGCGCGGGUGGACAUGGACGAGAGACUCAAGUAUUUUCACUUUGCUGGAUGCCCUUGGCCUUCACAUAUUGUUUAUUUUUAUUGGAUAUCUUUUUAAUCUUUCCACGAUCCAAGGGCUUAACCUAACUUUGUUCUGCUGCACUUUUUUAUUUGUUAGACUGAACAUCGGGAUUUGUCACAAUUUUCCUGUUAAAGACAUUCCUGCUACUGUGAAAUGGAAUCUAAAGACAUUCAUCUGUAAAAUAUGCCAACGAUCAGGACCAGGUUUGAUGUUUGUUUUAAUUUUGCCUUAAUUAUUGGAUUUAACAGAUGAGGAUAUUUGAAGGAAUUCUGACAGAAAAACAACACGAUGAAAAUGCAACUAAAAUGCUUGUUUUAUUUGCUGGUCUGUUGUGAACUAUCAGUGGUUCUUGCACAUAUUCAUAACAGGACUGAUAUCAAUUCAGACAUCGAUUAUUUGCCAUCUAAAUCGCGUCAGAUCAGCACUAACAGCCGACAGCAACAUGCAACAUCCGAUCAAAUUAAUGCCGAUACGGACAAGCAACAGCUACAACCCACAGAUGACUUUUCAUUGUCUGAGACAAAUUUAGUAAACGAAAAUGUCAGAAAGGUAAGAAAGUCGAGACAAAAACACGACAACACUCACACUGUGAACAACUACAGUCACGUAACGUUGUUAUUAUUUAGACAAAUACGCAACGAAAGUGCAUUUAAACUUCGGCAAAAAAGAGAGACUGUGAAUGAGACGAGAUAUGAACAUGACAGAAAUCAAGUAUCGUCCGUUGAGUUUUUGGAGACAUUACCGAAGCCCCUAGCGCAGAUCGAGGCCACAGAAUUCCCACUCAAUCCCACAACUAUUCCUGAAUUGGACGCAUCGCCAAUGGAAGAAUAUGAGGAACCUUUCACACCCUUUAGUGUCCGACCGAGAACCCCAGGGGUGAAGAAUCCUUUUUACCCCGUUACAGGUGACUCGUAUGGGGCAUAUGCCGUCAUCUGCAUUUCCAUCAUCAUCUUCGCCGUGGGAAUUUUGGGGAAUAUCGCGAUCAUGUGCAUAGUGUGCCACAAUUACUACAUGAGGAGCAUUUCCAACUCCUUGCUGGCCAAUCUUGCUUUGUGGGAUUUUGUCAUUUUGUUUUUCUGCCUGCCGCUCGUGAUUUUCCACGAGCUCACUAAGGAUUGGUUGCUCGGGGAAUUCUCCUGUAAAGUAAUUCCUUACAUUGAGGUGGCUUCUCUAGGAGUGACUACAUUUACCCUAUGCGCUUUGUGCAUUGACCGUUUCCGCGCCGCGAGCAACGUCCAGAUGUACUACGAGAUGAUCGAGAACUGCACUUCCACUACAGCCAAACUGACAGUGAUCUGGCUCGGUGCUCUUCUACUUGCCCUUCCUGAGCUCCUCAUCCGGCAGCUGGUAAGAGAGGAACGUGAGCCUCCGGAGGUGAUACCUUGCGAGCACUGCGUUGUCCGGAUCUCCACAGCCCUCCCGGACACUCUUUACGUGCUCGGCCUCACCUACAACAGCGCCCGCCUCUGGUGGUACUUCGGUUGUUACUUCUGCCUGCCCACCGUCUUCACCAUUAUCUGCUCGGUGGUGACCGCUCGUAAAAUAUCCAGGGCUGAGCGCACCAGCGUCCGUGGCAACCGCAAGCAGAUCCAACUGGAGAGCCAGAUGAACUGCACGGUGGUCGCAUUGGCAAUCCUGUACGGCUUCUGCGUUAUUCCCGAGAACAUCAGCAACAUAGUUUCGGUGUACAUGGCUACGAGCGUGCCACGUCACACGCUGGACAUCCUGCAUCUGGUGAGUCAGGUGAUGCUCUUCUGCAAGUCCGCUGUAACACCCGUGCUGCUUUUGGUGCUUUGUCGGCCCUUCGGCAAAGCUUUUCUGGACUGUUGCUGUUGUUGCUGGCCGGAGUGUGGCACGCUGAAGUCGUCUGAUGUCACGAGCGAUGACAACGAGCAGGAUGGCACCACCGAACUUGAACUCUCACCCUACAGCACCGUCCACAGGGAGGCGUCUAGCUUUCCGGCAGCGGGAACACACUGCUGAGGUUGUACCCUACCUGUAAGGAACUUAAUGCCAGUGUAGGUUUUACCAAGGGCUUUUUGCUAAAUAAGAAAAUAUGUUUUUUUAAGCAGAAACUGCUUAAUGUUAGGUUAUGUUUAUCGAAGGAGAUGCCCAUAAAUGAUGUGAAAAUGGGGACUUUGAGCCACACAAUUAUUAAAGAAUGGUUUAAUGAUUUAAACACCCUUUACUGUUUACAAAUGAACCGAGAGUAUCAUGUAUAGUUUGUGGAACAAUUAUAGAAGUAUAGAAAGAUAUGAAUUAACUCACAAGCUUGUGUUAUUUUUGCACAAUUUUUUUUGCCUUUCAUUAUGUUAAGUUUUAAUUUGAUUGUUGAUGUAUUUGUAUUUAUGUUUAGGCUGUUUUUAAAACUUUUGGAAGUAAUAUAUAGAACAUAGCUGUAGUUUAUUAAGGACAUUGGCGAUUCUUGUGAAUCGGUUAAGUCGAGUCUAGCGCCCUUGCUAUGUAAGUAUUAAAUUCACUAUUUGCAGAACUUGUACAAUGCUCUACAGUUCGCUCUCCACCUGUUGGAAAGCACUGAAGCACCUGUUGUUUUAGCCAAAAUAUGUCACUUUAUAAUAAAAAACCUUAAAAGUC